AUGCUAAUGGUGCCUAUGAUGGCGCUAAAGGAGAACGGUUCGCGUGGUCGCCGGGGGGUGGCCGGUGCGCGCCGGUGCGGUUGCGGCGGUGACUGCAAUCCGUUCAUUUCCACACCAUCGACCGUAUUUUCGCGAACUUUGCUCGUUACCUUUCUGCUGAUGACGUUCAACGUGAACGUAUGCCAGGUGGUACAGGCCGCGGCCAGUGCCAGUGCCAGUGCUAGUGCGAGCGCCAGUGCAGCUGCCGGAAUUGAGCGACGACCGAGCGGGGAUCUCCAGCGGCCCGAUGGUCUGAAAAUGCAUCACUAUGGAAUUACGUCAGCAGCCUCCGCGGCCUCGCUGCAUCACGCCAGCAGCGGCACGUCAACGGCCUCAUCGUCGUCUGGGUCCGCCGCUGCCUUCGUCGCCGGGGGACUCUCGUCACCAUCGUCCUCGCUGACAGGACCUGCGGAAAAGCCCUACUUUGACGAUGUCAACUCGCGCAACGUUACGACCGUCGUGGACGACACGGCGAUACUGAAAUGUCGCGUUAAGCACAAAGGCGAUAGAACGGUGUCCUGGAUGCGCAAGCGGGACCUGCACAUAUUGACAUCCAACAUCUACACCUACACCGGCGAUCAGCGCUUCUCCGUAAUCCAUCCGCCCGACUCGGACGACUGGGAUCUGAAAAUAGAGUAUGCACAGCAGAAAGAUAGCGGAAUUUAUGAGUGUCAGGUGAACACCGAGCCGAAAAUAAAUCUCGCCGUCUAUCUGGACGUCACAGAUGAACGGGAGUUUGCCCAAGAUUUCUCCAAGUAUGGUCCAAACACUGGAGGAAAGCACUUUAUCGGUGCCAUUGGACUAGAUUUUCUCUCAACAGCCGCCCGUGCUAAGAUAAUCGGCUCCCAGGAGGUGCACGUCAAGAAGGGCAGCACCAUCUCGCUGUCGUGUGUUGUGAAUGUCCAUGCAUCGUCCAUCUCAUGGUACCAUGGAUCAUCGAUCGUUGACUUUGAUUCUGCCCGCGGUGGAAUCAGCCUGGAGACGGAGAAAACGGAAGGUGGCACCAGCAGUCGGUUAAUGCUCACCAGGGCAACACUGCGCGACUCGGGCAAUUACACCUGCGUCCCGACCGGAGCGAUAUCCGCCAGUGUACAGGUUCACGUGCUAAACGGCGAACAUCCGGCUGCAAUGCAGACCAGCAGUGGCGUUCCGUGCCCGACGCAUCAAACACUUAUCCUUCUCUUUGUAUCAUUGAAUAGUUGUAAUCUUAGCAAAUUAAUCUUCUUCAUAUCAAACCUGCUCGAGACGGUACGUUUCCUGCUCACCACAACGAUCGCCAACUUCCUUGUCCACAUCCGUCGGCUAGCAUCUUCGUUCGACGUACGGCACUCAAAGUCCACCAGCUACGUUCUGCUGACACUGGCUUCGAUCGGUACCCAUCUCCGGAUUGCGCUCCCAAAGCUUCGCCGGACGACGACAGAGCGUCCCACAGACUUGGCUUCGAUUCGCACCCAGUCGAGAUGA